AUGCCCUACAACACCAGGCGCAAGUCGCUGUCGCUACCCAUGCUCGGCAUCCAGCUCCCAAACAGCUCGCGAUCGUCGUCGCAUCGCUCACCGCCUUCCUCCAACACGCCUCAAUCCGACCAGCCGCCGCAGAAGAAGAUCAAGCGCGUCCAUGCCGCCAGCACUGCGUCAUCCUCUUCGCCACUGAGCCCCUCCGUGUCAAAGCUCCCCAAGAACGCCAGCAGGGUCGUCGAAAACACCCCGCCGCCCUCGCCCCGCGCCGAUGGCCAGGUCAAGGUUGACACCGAGGGCAUCAACGACGACAUUGUCGUCGCCGUGAUACAGCAGCUCGAGGAGACGGGCAACAGGCCCCACCUGCUGAAGGAGCUGGCCGCCGUGCUCGCCACCCAACUGCCCAUUGUCGAAAGCUCGGCCAACCCCUCCGCCAUCAUCUCCUCGCGCCUGACGGCCUACAUCCGCCGCCCCUGGACCGCGCUGGCGCCCUGCCCCGUGGGCAAGGAGCUUGUUGGCACCCACCCCAAGCGCAUCUACUUCUUCCUGACGACGUCGCCGCACCAGCCUAUCCCGGAGCCCGCCGAGUCGUCCACCGCUGCACCCGCUCGCAUUAUCUCGCCCUCGCUCUCAUCCGCGGCCGAUGACUCAGAGGAGGAAGAACGCGACGCGCGUACGCGUUCCGCAAUGUCGCCCUCGCCGGAGGUAGAUCUGUCGUCGCCCGAGCUCGACGACGAAGGCAGCGAGACAUCGACGACGUUCUCGGGCCGCAGCUCGCUGCUGCGCGACGGGCCACACCCGGCCACGACUAGCAACAUGGCGCACAACCGACGGGCGGCGAGUCCGCCGCUGGAGCGCGACGAGCGCGAGUUCACAGCCACGGCGUCGUCGCUGCAACAGCGCAGCCGCAGCCAGGAGUCGGAGACCAAGCCCGCCGUCUUCUCCGUGCCGAUGGACACGCACGCCGAGGACGCCGCCGGCGAGGAGUCGGAGGAGAGCGCCGCCCAGCGCAAUUCCGAGGCCGCGGCGCUGCUGUUCGGCCAGAGCGUCGAGAGCAAUACCUCCUCUGCGGCCUCGGCCUCGGCGGCCAUGGACUUUGGCAUGGCGAGCCCGGUGCUGCGGCCGCUGCAGAGCGUCGAGGAUCGGAAACGCAACCUCGAUUCCAUGGAGGACGUGCGUGUGCUCGAUGCCGAUGACGCUGGGCUGGGCUGGGCGUGGGACCAGUGGAAGAGCCCUGAGCACGUCGAGCUGGACGAGCUUGAUGACCUGCUCGGCGACUACUGA